GUCCCAGACUGGGGAGAUGUAAGAGCUAACAAUGGCUGUCCAUUCCAGCAGGCCACACUUCUGAAAGAGUUUGCAUUUGAAUCCCCUUUGCAUGGAAAAUUUCCCUCCUAUCUACCUUGGGCCAGGUAUGUCUAAAUUUUUUGACCUCCGAGCAAUAAUCAUGAUUGUCAUUGGUGGUGGGAUCCUGGCAGCCAUGUUUCUACUAAUAGGAGUUGUCCUCUGUCUUUACUCCAAAAUAACCAAGGCACUGAAUUCAGCUAGAACUGCAAAAGAAGCAGAUGCUGCUGUAAGCUGUAUUGAUCCAUGCAAGCUCACCCAAGACAAGAUCAUCCAGCCCAAACCCAUUAUUGCUGAGUCUUGUCAUACCCUCCAGUGCUGUAAUGCAUGUGGUGUCUAUGCUAAUGCUGGUGCCCAGCCACCUUGCUUUUGUAAUGUAAUUGAAGGACUCUGACAUGGCAGUGGUGGAUAAAAAGAAAUCUUCAUGAUCCAUAUUUCAAUUUCUUAAUAGAAUAUUUUCUUAUUCAAGACAAUUUCUAUAGUGUUUAUGUCAUAUGCCAUCUAACAUGUUAUUUAUGUGCUUUUGUAUAAAUGGACACUAAUGAAAA